AUGUUUAUUUUAAUUAUUAAACAAUUUUUAAUUAUUUUUAUUUUAAUUAUUUUAUUAUUUCCACCAUCAUUUUAUUCAAUUGUAACGAGAAAAAGAAAAUUAAUUUGUAAGAGAACCCCUUUUAAUCGAAAAACAACAAAUUAUAAAGCUUGGAGAGAGCAAAUGACUAUUUGUGAACUACUUGAAAAUUAUGACCCGGCAGUCCGUCCAUUAGGUCAGAUACCUAAUGCCGAGAGACGUGGACCUGUUAUUGUAACUACUUCUUUAUUUGUUAAUUCAAUUAGUGCUGUUAGUGAAAGAAAUAUGGAAUAUGUAGUACAAUUUCGUUUUCAACAGCAAUGGUUGGAUGAACGUUUAGCUUUUAAAAUAAGUGAGGCAGCUGAUUUGCAACAAAUUAAUCUUGCUAGAGACCAGCCUAUUUGGAUUCCUGAUAGUUUCUUUCAAAAUGAACGUAGUGGACAUUACCAUAUGUUAGAUCAAGAAAAUCGUUUCGUACAGGUUGAUGUUGAUGGACGUGUGACUUAUAAUAGAAGAUUAACUUUGACAUUAGCAUGUAAUAUGAAUUUACUUAGGUAUCCAAUGGACGUGCAACUGUGUUUGAUAGACUUUGCCAGUUAUGCCUAUACAAAAAAUGACAUUAUUUAUCAAUGGGACAAUGUUGGUAUAGAAAUUUCUGAUACAGCAAAUGGAGCAUUACCUAAUUUUGAAAUUGCUUCAUUAGAUAAUGAUACUUGUGAUUCUGAUACAAAUACUGGAUCAUAUUCGUGUUUACGUGUUCGUUUAACUUUGAGGAGAGUAUUUUCAUUCUUUUUACUUCAAUUGUAUAUUCCUUCUGCUAUGUUAGUUGGUAAGUGA